AUGAGGCCAGGCGAGGAGUGGGUCGCGCUCAAAAUGGCGGAGCGGGGCGGGCGCGGCAGUGGCGGUCACGGCAGUUUGGACAAGAGCAUCACCCUCCCGCCCGACGAAAUCUUCCGCAACCUGGAGAACGCCAAGCGCUUCGCCAUAGACAUCGGUGGUUCAUUAACCAAGUUGGCUUAUUAUUCAACUGUGCAGCACAAAGUGGCAAGAGUGAGAUCCUUUGAUCAUUCUGGAAAGGACAUAGAAAAUGAACCUCUGUAUGAAAUAUCAGUUCAGGAGGAGAUUACAGCUCGACUUCACUUCAUUAAAUUUGAAAACACUUACAUUGAAACCUGCCUAGAUUUCAUCAAAGACCAUCUUGUCAACACAGAGACAAAAGUCAUCAAAGCUACAGGUGGUGGUGCCUAUAAAUUCAAAGAUCUUAUUGAGAAGAAAUUGGGGUUGAAGGUAGAUAAAGAAGAUGUAAUGACCUGCCUAAUUAAAGGAUGCAACUUCGUACUAAGGAACAUACCCCAUGAAGUAUUUGCGUACCAGAAAGAUUCAGAUACAGAAUUCCGUUUUCAGACGAACCACCCAAAUAUUUUCCCUUAUUUACUGGUGAAUAUUGGCUCUGGGGUUUCUAUAGUGAAGGUAGAAACAGAAGACAAAUUUGAAUGGAUUGGAGGGAGCUCAAUUGGAGGUGGAACCUUCUGGGGUCUUGGAGCACUGCUCACAAAAACAAAGAAAUUUGAUGAAUUGCUGCAACUGGCUUCAAAGGGACAGCACACAAACGUUGACAUGCUGGUGAAAGAUGUGUAUGGAGGUGCCUACCAGACCCUGGGGCUAAGUGGAAAUCUGAUAGCCAGCAGCUUUGGGAAAUCUACUACAGCAGAUAAAGAAUUUUCCAAAGAAGAUAUGGCAAAAAGUUUGUUACAUAUGAUCAGCAAUGACAUUGGUCAACUUGCCUGCCUCUAUGCCAAACUCCAUAACUUAGAUAAAAUCUAUUUUGGAGGAUUCUUUAUUCGGGGUCACCCUGUUACCAUGCGCACAAUAACCUACAGUAUCAACUUCUUCUCCAAGGGAGAGGUUCAGGCAUUGUUCCUGAGACAUGAAGGCUACCUGGGAGCCAUUGGGGCAUUUUUAAAAGGAGCUGAACAAGACAAUCCAAAUCAGUAUAGCUGGGGAGAGAAUUACGCUGGGAGUUCUGGUCUUAUGAGCACAUCACCUGAUGUUUACCCUAUGCAAAGAACAAGGAGUGGUACAUUUGACAUGCUCGAAAUGGACAGGUUGGAGAGACCACUUGUUAACCUGCCGCUGCUGAAAGACCCAUCAACCUAUAUCCCAGACACCGUUGACCUCACAGACGAUGCCAUGGCCAGGAAGUACUGGCUGACCUGCUUCGAGGAGGCGCUGGAUGGGGUGGCAAAGCGAGCUGCGGCCAGUCAGCCGGACUCUGUUGAUGCACUGGAGAGAGCUGAAAAGUUCCGACAGAAAUACUGGAAUAAGCUCCAGACGCUCAGGCAGCAGCCUUUUGCAUAUGGUACCUUAACAGUUAGAAGCCUUUUGGAUACAAGGGAACACUGUUUAAACGAGUUCAAUUUUCCGGAUCCCUAUUCAAAGGUAAAGCAGAAAGAAAAUGGCAUAGCCUUAAAAUGUUUUCAAAGCGUAAUCGAAUCUUUGGAUUCAUUAGGCUGGGAGGAGAGGCAGUUUGCUCUGGUGAAAGGACUUCUUGCGGGGAAUGUCUUUGACUGGGGAGCAAAAGCAGUCUCAGAUGUUCUGGAAUCUGAGCCACAAUUUGGAUUUGAAGAAGCCAAGUCAAAACUACAAGAACGGCCCUGGUUAGAAGAUUCCUACAGUCAGUGGCUAGAGCGACUGAAGGAGGGUCCCCCUCAUAAAUGUGCCUUAAUUUUCGCAGAUAACAGUGGAAUAGACAUAAUUUUAGGCGUCUUUCCUUUUGUCAGAGAGCUCCUUUCUAGAGGGACAGAGGUUAUACUGGCUUGUAACUCUGGCCCUGCCCUAAAUGACGUCACCUACAGUGAAUCCCUGAUCGUUACUGAGCGGAUAGCGGCAAUGGAUCCCGUUAUUCAAUCUGCACUUAAGGAAGAGAAGCUGCUGUUGGUUCAGACAGGUUCGAGUUCGCCAUGUCUGGAUCUAAGCCGCCUGGACAAAGGUCUGGCCGUGCUGGUCAGAGAGCGGAAGACAGACUUGGUUAUCAUCGAAGGCAUGGGGCGCGCCAUCCACACCAACUACUACGCCGCUUUGAAGUGCGAGAGCCUCAAGCUCGCUGUCAUCAAAAACUCCUGGCUUGCUGAUCGUCUCGGGGGGAAAAUUUUCAGUGUCAUUUUUAAGUACGAAGUGCCAUGUAAAUGAUCCGCAUCUGGUCAACGGGGCGAACAGGAGCAGCAGAAUGGACUUGCACUAGUUUUACUUUAACUGUAAAGAAUGUAUUUUUAUUACAACAGGGAAAAGAGUUCACAGGAAAUUCCGUAUUUAUAUUGUGCUUUUGUGACUUAAAAAGCAACAAUAUGAUUCACUCUAUAGUAUACACACUCAAAUAUAUAUAUGUAUAUCACUCAUUGUUUAUUUUGGUAAGUGUUUAUUUUAAUGCUGCAGUAUUUGUGAUGAAAAGACUUUAUUUUUUUGUUCUGUGAGACAUUCAUAUAGAAAUAUAUUUAAAUGUCAAUGAAACCUUUUUUUAUACAUCUCUGCCUACUCUGCCAGCAAUGACAUGGCACACACCAAAUAGGUUUUUAAAGUGCUACGUGAACCUGACACUGCAUUUUCCAUGGCAGCUUUUGAACUUACCUAAAGUGUUUCAUGCUCUUUGCAGUGAGUUUGCGUGAAGGACUGAUCCACCUUCUAACCUAACCACCAUUGCUUAAGCCCUAUUUAAAACAGAACGCUGGUGAUCUGAGCGCGCGUAGCAGGCCACCGACCGGCACUAGUUUACCAACAGCUGGAAGAACGUGUAACUCCUCGUGCUUCCGCGGUUUGCUCUUGGUAACAUUUGGCUGGGAGGGGAAUUCUGCAACUCCACUAAAUUACUAGGCAGUAGGUGGAGGCCGAGUCUCACCACGUUACCCUUAAAGUGAAUGCGCGGUGCCCUGUUCAGGAAGACCCAGCUAUUUUCCUGGUGCAGGCAUGUUAGUUUCUGUUGCCUUCAGUUAUUUAAUGCUGGGACUGCUAAGAAUUAGGCUCUUUGUUCGUGCAGUGCAGUUAAAGCCAUUUCCAAGUAAAUUAAUUUGCUGGGUUUUUUUUUCUCCCUCAGAUGUGCAGUACAUAAAUGGAGUAAUUUAACCAUGAAUUUGCAAACCAACAUGUGCAUGCGUCAGUCAUUCCAGCUCUGAAAUGAAAAACAGCUUAAUUAGAACACUAUUUAAUAUGCAGCUGAGAUAACUGUUCCCUGUGAAUUCCAAAGAUUCUUCUUUGAGAGCAAGAGAGCCAUGCGAAGUACCCAUCUCUCGCUGCCUCGCCCUUGCCUGGGGA